AUGGUCAGGAUCAGAUCAUCGGAUGGACACUGACCGACUAGAAAUAUAGGUGGUCGGCGAGGCUCGGAGAGGGAUCGCGAGUCAUCGUCCACGCGUCGCCGCCGCCGCAGUUAGUACUGCUGCUCUUGGGGAGCAAGAAGAAGACGUUCUUGGGGAGCACGAAGAAGAAGAGAGAAGGGAUGGCUACAAGAACGGCCGUGGCGAGGGUCGCGGCGCCCCAUCAGCCAGCGUGGGUGGCGGCCUUGGCGAGGAGGAUGGAGGGGGCAGGAGCAGGCGGCGGCCGGCGCGUGGCCCGCUACUUCAGCGACGGCACCGGCAGGGUGCUCAGCGAGGAGGAGCGCGCCGCCGAGAACGUCUACAUACAGAAGAUGGAGAGGGAGAAGCUGGAGAAGCUGAAGAGGACGGCGGACAAGGACAAGGCCGACGCCGCGAAGAGGGCAGCCGCCGCCGCCGCCGCCGCCAAAGGCGACAAGAAAGGCGAGGAUGCUCGCCCAACCUGAUUGCUGGGGUGGUCCGUGAUGAUCGAUCACACGAUCCGGUGCUGGUGCUCUGUUCAGAUGCUUUCUGAUAUGUGGAUUUGCAGAUAAAAGCUACUCUUUUUUUCGUUUUUAUCUUCUGUACAGAUGGUAACAAGUCAAGAAUAACCGCAUCAGCAUGCGCUUGGUGUGUGUUACUGAUGUCGAUUCCUCCCUAGAUGCUGAAAUGCGAAAUGUGACCAAGUGUGUUGUAACGCUAUCUUUACGUGUAAUAAAUAUAGUAAUAGUCUAUCGAACUGAUGACAUGAUACUGUGAUAGCGUUGUUCA